UUCUGACUUGGGCGCCACACGACCACCCCUCUCUCUCUGUGAACGACCACCGGCGGCCACCCUUCUCUCUCUGUGAACGACCACCGGCGGACGACGAUCUCGACCCACCACCGGUUCUGGCCAUUUAGGUCUGAAACCGUCCAAAGAAAACUGUUUGGAUUUCUUCUGUACCAUUUUUGAGUAAGUAUGCCCAAGGAGGAGAUCUGUGAAGUUAAUUUAACGACUGAUCUCAGCCCAGAAUCUAGUAAGAAAAGAGCAAAAAGAAGUAAAAACAAAAAGAAGCAGUUGUUGACUGAAGGUGUAGAUGUCAUGAAAAUGAAAGAAGUAAGAUCUGUUCAGGUGGAGGAAAGCAACAUAAACUCUGAUGGUGACAAAGUAAAAAAGAAGAAAAAAGGAAAGAAGAGUGCUAAACAAUGUGUAGAAGAGAACUCUAUCAAGGCUGAGGCAGGAGAAAUUGAAAGUAAAGCAGAGAGUUCUAUGAAAGAGGGUGGUCCUUUCUCUGAUGGUGGAGGUGAGAAAGAUGCAGCUUUUGAAAAGAAGCAAAUUCCACUGGAGCAUGCUGAGGAUGCGAGGGCAGACAGUAUUGUUAGAGAAAACUCUGGAGAGAAGAUUCUAGAGUCUAACAAUGGAAAAUCAGAUCAAAGGAUAAAGAGGAAGAAACGGCUUUUGAAGGAAUCUGCAAAAGCAAAUAUGUGUGGGAUUUGUUACUUGAGCCGAGUUCCUCCACAUAUGGAUCCAUUGAAACUUCGACAGAUCCUCUCACAUUAUGGGGAGAUACAAAGAAUUUAUCUUGCACCCGAGGACGCUGCAAAUCAAGUACAACGAAAGCGUGCAGGAGGGUUUCGAGGGCAAUUAUUUUCAGAAGGAUGGGUUGAAUUUACUGAUAAAAGAGUUGCGAAGAAGGUUGCUACUAUGUUAAAUGGUGAACAAAUAGGAGGAAGGAAGAGGUCAUCUUUCUACUAUGAUCUCUGGAAUAUCAAGUAUUUGAGUAAAUUCAAGUGGGAUGAUCUUACUGAAGAAACUGCUUACAAGCAUGCUAUACGGGAGCAGAAACUAGCUUUGGAAAUUUCUGCCGCUAAGAGGGAGAGGGAUUUCUAUCUUUCUAAAGUUGAUAAAUCACGCGCAUUGAAUUCCAUUGAAGAACGGCUGAAGAAGAAGCAGAAGUUGCGAGAAGAUUCAGAAAUGAGUUCUGAACCUGUUGUUUACCAGAAACUUCCAAAACUGAUCCGCAACUUCCCACAAACACAACCAGUUGCAGAUUCUGCAGUAGAAAACAAACAGAGACUGUCUAAAAAUAUCCUGGCUGGGGUGUUUGGAAGUUCGUAGUUAGUCCAAUUUCCGAGUGGUAUUAAAGACAAGUAUGACGAGUGGUUUCUCGUGUAAGGGUUUAGGCAGGAUCACCCAGUCUUUGGCGUAUUCAUUUGUUCAUCUCAGACUCUAAAAGGGAAGAAAAAGGAAUAGUUGUAGCACUGACAUUUGUAUUCGAUAAUUUUGAAAGUUUUGAAUAGUUGUAGCACUGAAAAAGUGAUUCUAUACAUGUUAAAUUGUUGAA